AUGAGUUAUCUGCGUCCUGAGCCCGACUCCAAGCCUCCGGCUAAGGACGUUCGAGCGCUGGAUUCGCUACGGUCUCUCAGCAUUCGGAACAUCCAGGACCCUUACAGCCACGGUGAGCGUCUUGAUACCAUGACGACUCGCUACAGCACUCUCGAUACUGAAAACCUCAACACCAUGUUAAACGGCGGACUCGAGCGGUUCUACAAGAAAUACCACCACUUGUCGCGCAAGAUCAACCUACAACUACCGACUCCAGAAAUUCGGUUCCAAGAUCUGUCUUUUUCGGUUCAAGUACCUGCAGGCACCGGUAGUCACAGUACAGUUGGCACACAUCUGGCACAGAUCUUCACUCCAUGGAAACGACAAGCUACGAUGACAAAGAACGUCCUCCACCCCAUGACAGGCGUCAUUAAACCAGGGUCCAUGACUCUACUUCUAGCUAAUCCAGGUGCAGGCAAGUCGACGUUUCUAAAGGCAUUGGCUGGUAAAUUGCAAAAUAACUCGAAAACCGAGAUCGGAGGUGAUAUCCGAUACGCGGGGCUACGCGGUGAUGAAAUGGACCUUGUCAAGCUAGUCGGACUAGUGGAUCAGACAGAUAACCACAUUCCUACACUGACAGUACGGGAGACGUUUAAGUUCGCCGAUAUGUGCAUGAACGGCCGUCCAGAAGACCAACACGAGGAAUUGCGUGACAUUGCGAAGCUGCGAACGGAGUUGUUUCUACAGAUUCUGGGUCUUGAGAACUGCGCCGAUACUGUGGUUGGGAAUGCUCUGCUGCGGGGUGUAAGUGGCGGAGAACGCAGACGUGUGACGGUGGGUGAAAUGCUGGUUGGAGGCCAAAGUCUCUUCUUGUGUGACGAAAUUUCCACGGGUCUUGACAGCGCUGCAACGUUCGAUAUCGUCAAGGCGUUGCGUACAUGGUGCAAGACGUUGGGCGGAUCAGUCAUCGUUGCACUCUUACAACCAACGCCCGAAGUGGUGGAGCAGUUCGACGACAUUUUGAUGAUUAGUGAAGGCCAAAUGGUGUACCAUGGACCAAGGACCGAAAUCCUGGGUUAUUUCGACGAACGAGGCUUCACUUGUCCUCCUCGUGUCGAUCCAGCUGAUUUCCUCAUUGAGGUGACGUCCGGACGUGGCCAACAAUACGCGAACGACAACGUGCCGAAACAGUAUUUGGCCGUCACGGCCGAGGAUUUCAACAGCAUUUUCACUCAAUCCGGGCUUUUCAAGAAGACCCAAAUAGCUCUAAGCAAGAGCCUCAAACCGUCAUCACCGGUGAGUAGCAAGAAGCCAAAACGCCUCGUAACCCUCGCUCGAAAGAAAGGGAAGUCGGAGUUCGGAUUGGCGUUCAUUCCAAGCACACUGCUAUUGCUGAACCGACAACGAUUGAUCUGGCUGCGUGACCCUCCUUUGCUCUAUGGCAAACUGGUCGAGGCAUUGGUCAUUGGUCUUGUGAUCGGUAUGAUCUACUUUAACGCGAUGCGAACGGUGUAUCUGCGAAUGUGCUUUUUCAACUUAGCACUUUUCCAACGUCAGGCGUGGCAGCAAAUCACCAUUUCGUUCCAACUGCGAAAGGUAUUCUACAAGCAGCGCCCUCGAAACUUCUUCCGCACUGCGUCGUAUGCUAUUGCGGAGGCUUUAGUGCAGAUCCCAGUGAAUUUGUCGGUGUCGUUCAUUCUGGGUACAUUUUUCUACUUCAUGAGUGGAUUGACUCGGUCGUUCGAGAAAUACAUCGUGUACUACCUGAUUGUGGCCUGCUUCCAGCACGCUAUUUGCGCGUACAUGAUGAUGUUAAGUGCUUUUUCUCCCAGUGUCACAGUGGGGCAGGCGCUCGCUGGUCUUUCGGUUUGCUUCUUUUUACUAUUCUCGGGAAAUAUCAUUUUAGCCGAUUUGAUUCCCGAUUAUUGGAUCUGGAUGUACUGGUUUAAUCCAAUCGCAUGGGCUUUGCGAAGUCUCAUUUUGUCAGAGUUUUCGAGCGAUCGGUACACUGAUAUUGAGAGCGAGAAGUAUCUGGAUAGUUUCUCAAUCUCUCAAGGCACGGAGUACAUCUGGUUUGGUGUUGGCAUUCUUUUAGCCUAUUAUCUACUUUUUACUGCGCUGAAUGGAAUUGCACUGCAUUUUAUCCGACACGAAAAGUUUUCAGGUGUGAGCGUUAAGACUUCACCGCAGCAUUCUGCGAUAGAUACUGAUGAAGUGUUUGUCGAGAUACCUACACCUGGAGCUGUUGAAACUACGAAGGGGAAAAGUAGUGGGUUGCCAUUCACACCUUCGAAUCUAUGUGUGAAGGAUCUCGAGUACUUCGUAACUUUACCUUCAGGUAAAGAGAAGCAGCUUUUAUGCGGAGUUACUGCACAUUUCGAGCCUGGACGAAUGGUAGCCCUCAUGGGUUCUUCUGGUGCUGGCAAAACGACUCUGAUGGAUGUGAUCGCUGGACGUAAGACUGGAGGACGCAUUGUAGGGGACAUCAUGGUAAACGGAGAGCCCAAGAAUCCGGCCACUUUCAGCCGCAUCGCGGCGUACUGCGAGCAAAUGGAUAUUCACUCGGAAGCUGCAUCCAUCUAUGAGGCGUUGGUCUUUUCAGCGAACCUUCGACUACCACCAACGUUUACGAAAGAGCAACGUAUGAAGCUGGUUGAGGAGACGUUGGAGCUGCUGGAACUGCAUCCAAUCGCAAGCGCAAUGAUCGGGAACUUGUCAGUUGAACAGAAGAAACGCGUAACGAUAGGCGUGGAGGUGGUUGCGAACCCAAGCAUAUUGUUCCUGGACGAACCGACCAGUGGUCUGGACGCUCGCUCGGCUCUAAUUGUGAUGCGUGGCGUCCAGUCCAUCGCUCGUACAGGUCGCACGAUAUUGUGUACGAUUCAUCAGCCCAGUAUAUCAAUCUUUGAGCUGUUUGACGGUCUAUUGCUUCUGCAAAGAGGAGGAUACACGGCGUAUUUUGGAGAUUUGGGCGAAGAAUCCAGCAAGAUGCUAGAGUAUUUCGCUGCUAUCCCGGGUACUCUGGGGAUCCGUCCGCAGUAUAACCCAGCUACGUACAUGAUGGAGGUGAUUGGCGCAGGUAUCGGCAGAGAUAUGAAGGAUUACUCGGUGGAGUACAAGAACAGCGAGUUGGGUAGAGCGAAUCGUGAACGAACACUCAAGUUGUGCGAGGUAUCGAAUGAGUUUACCAGACACUCUACUCUGAACUAUUCUCCGAUCGCGACUGGAUUCUGGAACCAGUUUAGUGCGUUGGCCAAGAAACAGCAGCUCACGUACUGGCGCAACCCCCAAUACAACUUCAUGCGGAUGUUCCUAUUCCCUCUCUACGCUGUCAUCUUCGGUACGACGUUCUACCAACUACCCGUGGGUAGUGUGAAGAAGAUCAACUCACACGUCGGUCUCAUCUACAACAGCAUGGACUUCAUCGGAGUGAUGAACCUCAUGACGGUAUUAGAAGUGACGUGUGCUGAACGGGCCGUCUACUACCGUGAGCGCAUGUCGAACUACUAUGGCCCACUACCCUACAGUUUGUCACUGUGGUGUGCAGAGGUGCCCUACUUGAUCGUGGUGAUUUGCUUAUUCGUGGUAAUCGAGUACUGGCUGGUGGGUUGGAACGACAAUGCUGAGGAUUUCUUCUUCUUCCUCUUCAUCUUUUACCUCUAUACAUCGGCAUGCACGUAUAUCGGUCAGUGGAUGUCUGCGCUAAUGCCAAACGAGAAAGUGGCGAAUGUAGCGGUUGGUGCGUUGUCCUGCUUGUGCAAUUUGUUCGCGGGGUAUUUAUUGCCGAGAACAGCCAUGAAACCAGGUUACAAGUGGUUUCAGUACCUGGUCCCUUCAAGUUACUCCCUUGCAGCGCUUGUGGGAGUCCAGUUUGGCAAUAACCAGGAUCUUGUCCUCGUGGACACUGGCAAUGCUACCAAGCAGAUGACGGUGUCCGACUAUAUUGCACACACGUACGAUUUCCACCCGGAGCUCAAAUACAACUUCAUGGCGGGACUCCUGGUGAUCUGGGCUGUUCUGCAAGUAGCUAUUUAUCUUACGUUCAAGUAUGUGAGCCAUCUCAAGAGAUAA